AGUGCAAGUCCGGAGGCUGCCGGUGCUGCAUUGGAGCAACUCAGGGGUUCACAUGUUCUCUCACUGCACCAUUGUGCAUGGAAACCGGAGUAACCUCUCGCAGAGACAGAACCGGAGCGGAAUUAGACCUGCAGUUUAAGGAGCUGGACAAAAGUUUUUUAAAAAAACGAGGAGAGAAAGAGAUCAGAGAUAAAGUGGAGUGGAGAAAUGACAGGAGAAUGAUGAUGAGGAGAAGGUGUGCAGCGAAGAUGUACAAAUGCGCUCCACUGUCCUGCUUACUGCUUCUACUGUCACUGCUGGGCAUCAAUGCAGCUUGUCCCUCGGUGUGCUCCUGCAGCGAGAGCCAGAGGGAGGUGGACUGCUCCUGGAGGGGCCUGAGACACCUACCCGUCGGCCUACAGUUGAACAUCUACUCCCUCAAUCUGUCCCAUAACCGGCUGGCUGAUCUAGACCACCACCUCAGCCCCUACACGCACCUCCGCACACUUGAUAUCUCCAACAACCGCCUGUCCCGCCUGCCCGCCUCCCUGCCCCGCUCACUAUGGGACAUCCACGCUUCUGGCAACCGCAUCCGUUUCCUGGAGAAAAACGACACGGCCUACCACUGGAACUUGCGGACCCUGGAUCUGUCGGCCAACAAGCUGGAGCGAGUGGUCUUCAUAAACAACACCUUGCCCAACAUGAAGGCCCUCAACCUCAGCCACAACCGGUUUUGGACCGUGCCUACCAACAUGCCCCAAAACCUGGAGAUGGUGGAUCUGUCCCAUAACAGUCUCGUGCAGAUCCUGCCUGAGUCACUGGACCGCUUGCCCAAGCUGGCCUGCUUCUAUCUGCAUGCUAACCGCUUCUCCACGGUAAGCGAGGGUGCCUUCGAGAAGCUCCAUGGUUUGAGGCUCAUCACGCUUGGAGAUAACCCAUGGGCCUGUGAACAAAAGGCCAACAUUAGUCACUUGUUGGCUUGGGCCAGGCACACCUCGGCUCGUGUGCUGGGCUGCCCGUGCCACACUUGGCCAAUCUGCGGGGAGGCCCACUUGGCCAGGACGGGGGGAUGGCACUUUGCUACGUACACACUCUCUCCAUUCGGGACGGCCCAAAUGCAGGGCGUGUCCACGCACUAUUGGGCUGAGAAAACACUUACCAUCCCACAUCACACCAGGGAAGCAGCAAGAGCCUCCAGCAGGCCAGAUGAGUAUGCCUUCAAGCAUGGCUUCCCCUUGACCUCCACUUCAGAAGACCUCUCCACGCUACACUCCUAUCCACCUACAGAUGUACCAUUUACGGCAGAUGACCUUCUCACUACGGACAGUUUCUUUACCACCAGCAGAGUCCUCACUUCCAGCACACGGAGGACAACCACUCUUCGCACACGGAGUGUCAAGAGGGCCAACCAAGGGCUUGGCAGAAAUGCCAGUCCAGGACACAGCUCGGGGGAUUUAUUUGCAAUGUCUCUGCUACUUCUGAUAACUACUGGUCAAGUCAUGUGAGAGGCUUAGCUUCUAUCCUGGAUUCAUCUGAAAACACUAGCAUUUUACAUAAUGCUUGCCCUCAAUAGCUGCUUUUUUGCUCAUUAUUUUGCUGGCAUACAUGUUUGUUUACUCUAGAACGAAAAACUGAGACCAUUUCCCAGAUAUAGGUAGCACAGUCUUACACUAAAUUAAAUGGUCACUGGAGACAAUGGUCACUGGAGAGCUCUCCAUUUUAAAUUCUCCUUAGCAUUUUAAGACUGCAUUCCAACUACUUGGA